CCAACAUGGCGGCGGGCGUCGGGCGGCGGCGCGGCGGCGGCGGCGGGUUCCCCUCGGUGCUGCUGCUGCCGCCGCUGCUGCUGCUGGCGCUGCCCGGCGCCGCCGCCGCUGCCGCCGUGUCCCGCCCGGGGCCGCCGGACGGGGACAACGUGGUGCUGGGGAUGCGGCUGGAGGAGAGCACGAAGCCGGCGCCGGUGGCUCCGUCCCGCGGGCCCAUCCGUGUGACGGAGGGCAGCGAGCUGCUGCUGCGCUUCUACGGGCAGGGGCUGGGACCUCGCACCGGGGAACGGGUGGCGUUCGCCGAGCUGCGCCCGGCUGAGAACGGUUCUGCCCCGAACGGCUCCUGUUCCUAUCGCACCCAGGACGUGGUGGUGCAGCCCGGCCCCGCUGAGGUCUUCGACACCUCGGCCCUGCUGCGGGUGCAGGUCCGCGCCCUGCGGAAGGGCGAGAAGGUAAAGACCUACGUGUUGUGCAGCCAGCGCCGGGCCGGCCAGGCCUGGCUGCCCCAUCCCGACCCCGACGGGUGGCUCAUGGUGUUGGAGGAGAAGAAGUCGCUGUUGCCGCUGUGGCUGCAGGUGAUCCUGAUCGUGGUGCUGCUGGUGCUGUCGGGCAUGUUCAGCGGGCUCAACCUGGGCCUCAUGGCGCUGGACCCCAUGGAGCUGCGCAUCGUGCAGAACUGCGGCACCGACACCGAGAAGCGCUACGCCCGCAAGAUCGAGCCCAUCCGCCGUAAAGGGAACUACCUGCUGUGCUCGCUGCUGCUGGGUAACGUGCUGGUGAACACCACCCUCACCAUCUUCCUCGAUGACCUCAUAGGCUCUGGAAUCGGCGCCGUCGUCGCUUCCACCAUCGGCAUUGUCAUCUUCGGGGAGAUUGUGCCCCAAGCGCUCUGCUCCCGCCACGGCUUGGCCGUGGGCGCCAACACCAUCGUGGUGACCAAGUUCUUCAUGCUGGUGACGUUCCCCCUCUCCUACCCCAUCAGCAAACUCCUCGACUGCAUCCUGGGCCAGGAGAUCGGCACCGUCUACAACCGGGAGAAGCUGGUGGAGAUGCUGAAGGUGACGGAGCCCUACAACGACCUGGUGAGGGAAGAGCUCAACAUGAUCCAAGGAGCCCUGGAGCUCCGCACCAAGACGGUGGAGGACGUGAUGACCCCGCUGCAGAACUGCUUCAUGAUCAACAGCGACGCCAUCCUGGACUUCAACACCAUGUCAGAGAUCAUGGAGAGCGGUUACACUCGUAUCCCUGUCUACGAGGAGGAGCGUUCCAACAUCAUGGACAUCCUCUAUGUCAAGGAUUUGGCUUUCGUUGACCCUGAUGACUGCACGCCCCUCAAAACCAUCACCAAGUUCUACAACCACCCCGUCCACGUCGUGUUCCAUGACACCAAGCUGGAUGCCAUGCUGGAGGAGUUCAAAAAGGGGAAGUCCCACCUGGCCAUCGUGCAGAAGGUGAACAACGAGGGCGAGGGAGAUCCCUUCUACGAGGUGCUGGGGCUGGUGACGCUGGAGGAUGUCAUCGAGGAGAUCAUCAAGUCGGAGAUCCUGGAUGAGUCGGACACGUACACCGACAACCGCAGCAGGAAGCUCGUGAGCAACCAUAAGGGCAAACGGGACUUCUCGGCCUUCAAGGACCCCAUCGGGGAGCAGAAGGUGAAGGUCUCCCCACAGCUGCUCUUGGCCGCCCACCGCUUCCUCUCCACAGAGGUGACGCUCUUCACCCCCACCUACAUCUCGGAGAAGAUCCUCCUGCGGCUCCUCAAAUACUCCGAUGUCAUCCAGGAGCUGAAGUUUGACGAGGGCAACAAGAAGUCCCCGCGCCACUUCCUCUACUGCAAGAACAAGGCAGCCGACUACUUCACCCUCAUCCUGCAGGGCAAGGUGGAGGUGGAGACGGGCAAGGAGUGCAUGAAGUUUGAAGCAGGAGCUUUCUCCUAUUAUGGGGUGAUGGCCAUCAGCCCCUCUCCUACCGAGACACGCUCCCCGUCCCACGUCAGCAGCCUCAACCACUCGGCGUCCCUCACCUACCACGAACGCUCCGACUCCAUCUCGUCUCCCAUCAGCGGCAGCAACAGCCAGCUCAACACCAGCACCGGCGCCCAGUACGUGGCCGACUUCAGCGUCCGCGCCCUCACUGACCUCCAGUUCGUCAAGAUCAUGCGCCAUGAGUACCAGAACGCCCUGACAGCCUCCCGCAUGGACAGUUGUCCCCAGUCCCCCGACAGCAACUGCCCCAACGCAGACACCGAUGUCCCGGAGAAACCAGAACCUGCCAGCACCGCCGACGAGACCACCAGCCUCCUGAACAAGAGGAACUGCCUGAGCCGUCGGAGCAACCACAGUCUCUUGGAAAACUCCAUCUGACCCCGGCCCCACCGGCACGGGCUCAUUUUAGGGGACCCUUUUAUUCCUAAGUAGGUGACGCCGUGCCGGGGUGCCCGGAGAAGCCUGGUUGAACCCUUGGUGGCAAUGUGGUGGUAAACGGAGCUGGGAUCUACUGCUGCUUUUCCAGGCUGGUUUUCUUUGUGAUCCAUCUCAAGGGUGGCACAAACCCUCGUUCAGCUCAGGGAGCUUCAGGUCUCGGGGUUGGGGGGGGGGGUGGGCUCCGCCGUGGCCAUCCCGGCCCCUCUCCCGUGGUUUUUUUUGGGAGGGGGCACCUGGGAUGGGACAUGAUGGUGGCAUCUCAUCCUUCUCCAUGCCCGUUGUUCCCCUUUCCCGCUGGCCCGGGAGACCGCGAGGACGUGGCAGUGGAGAGGUCGGCAUCAGGCCCGAGGCCAAGGGGAUGGUCCCCGGCGCAAAGCCACCACCACGGCUGAGACUUGACCCCCUCCGCCACUCACUGGUGUCACGAGCGUGCUGAGGACGGCAGAGCCGGGUCCUUGUUGUCAUUAUGUGUGUAUGUGCCCCCCCCCCCCCCAAGGGGGUGGUUUUAGUGCCUUCCCCCCCCACCCUCCAUGGGGUGGGAUGUGGGGCCGGGGGCACAAAGCUAGUGACCAAAGUUGUACAAGCAGGAGGGGGCCAGCACUGUGUGUGCCCCCCCCAGCACCGGGGGGAGCCCCAGACCCACCGGUGCCCUCGGGGCAGGGCCUGGGGACCUGGUGCCCCAUGGAGGGGAGGGGAAGGAGACGUAUGUCCCACCCCCCCCAAAAGCACAAGUUCCCUGAGUGACCUCUGUAAGUUAUUAGGAGAAAGUGAAUUAUUGUUGUUAAUUCCAUCUCGACGCUCAGAUCCGGGGGCCUGCGGGGGGAGAUGAUCGAAAUAAUAAUAAUUAUUAAUAAUAAUUAAUAAUAAUAAUAAUAAACCAAGGAGAAAAAAAAUAAAACGACCCUUUUUUAUUAAAUCUUCCUCUAUGCAAACCUCCCCCCCGGGAAUUCCUAUUUAUUUUCCACAUUAGCUUUGAUUUGUAUAUUUGGGGUGUCCCGUUCCCCCCCCCCCUUCCUCCCGGUUGUGAAACCGACUGUGGAAUUCUCUCUGAUGGGGUUUUGGGGAUGGUUUUUUGCCGCUUGGGUAAUAAAAGCCUCUAUCUGUA